GUCAUCAGCAGGUGAAAGGUCAUAUGGGGAAAGAUGGCGGCGUCCAGGGGAGCAGUAGUGUUAAAGACGGUUAAGAAAAUUAUUGUACAGUUUUGCCCGUUUGAAUCUAAUGUUCGCUCCACAAGAGAGUUUCUCAUUAUGGUCGGGUCUGAAAAAGCCAGAGCCACAAAUAUGAACUGUGAAGUUAUUACAGAAGUAAAGCAUGACCGAUCAGAGCCUACGAUUGACAUCACAUUCUUGGAUGGAGAGAGGCUGGUGAUGAAGGGAUCCAAAUUAACCACUCAAGAAAUGCUUUCAGCCUUACAGAACCGAUGCAGUGCUAAAGAUCCUCAAGCUAAAGCAGGAGACAAGAAAUAAUCUAUUCUUUUUUUGUAUUUAUAUAUCUGUGGAUGUGUAAUAAAAUUAUUAUCUGUCAUGUC